AUGGUCAAAGAAAAGGCAGAGAGAAGAGCCAUCUCUGCAUGGCCUACAGAAAAUGGAAAAGUGGAUGAAACACUUUCUCUGGGCUUUCAGAUAUGCUGGAUAGGUGGGGACCUGGCAAAAUUCAUAGGUUGCUACCUGACUAACCAACUGCCUAUUGAGAUAUUUACUGCUCCAGAUUUUCACAUGAAUAUGGAUAUCAGCGUGCUCCCACAAUUCAUGUAUUACAAGUUAAAGAAUCAGAAGAAAAAUGUAAGGCAUGAAAUGCACCUAGAUCAACACUAAACCAUCCUGCACACCUAGAAAACUGAUUUGAGGAUUACCACAACAAUCUGCACAACCUGAA